AUGGGCAAGACCGAAGUCACCGUCGGCGCCCCUGAGCCCGCCCCGCCAGCCUACGAGAAGCAACCGGUCGCUGAGCAGAGCGCUGCUCACACCGUGCAGAGCCUCAAGGACCUCGAGUCGCCUGGUGUCAGCCGCAUCAAGGCCAUCGCCUCCGUUCUGACCCUCACCGACCGCAUCUUCAUCUUCUUCGGCAUCUUCCUCAUCGCCUACUGCUAUGGUCUCGAUGGCACCCUCCGCUACACCUACCAGAACUACGCCACCGGUGAAUUCGGCAACCAGUCUCUGAUCUCGGCCGUCAACGUCAUCCGUGCCGUCAUCGGCGCUGCCACUCAGCCUACUGCCGGAAAGGUUGCUGAUGUCUUCGGCCGUGUUGAGCUCAUCCUGGCCAGCAUCGUCUUCUACAUUAUCGGCACCAUCGUCCUCGCCACCUCGGCCAACGUGGCCACCUUCGCGGCCGGCACGGCCACCUACCAGAUCGGAUACACCAUGAUCACCCUCCUGGUCGAGAUCCUGGUCGCCGAUAUCACCUCGACCCGUGCCCGUCUCUUCUUCUCCUACAUCCCCGCCUUGCCCUUCAUCAUCAACACCUGGGCCAGUGGGUACAUUGCCACCUCAGUCCUGGCCGGCACCACCGUCCACUGGGGAUAUGCCAUGUGGUGCAUCAUCUAUCCCGUGUGCUGCCUUCCUCUCAUCGUCACCCUCCUACUCGUCUCCCGCCGCGCCAAGAAGCAGGGUCUCCUCCCUGACUUCAAGUCCGCCUUCCAGCGCCUAGGCAUGGGCAAUUUCCUCGUCCAGCUAUUCUGGCUGCUCGACGUCCCCGGCAUCAUUCUCGUCAUUGCCGUCUUCGACCUUAUCCUCGUCCCCUUUAUCCUCGCUGCCACCAAUGGCUGGAAGUCGGCCAGCGUCAUCGCUCCCCUGGUCAUUGGUUUCUGCUGCGUCCCCAUUUUCGUCAUGUGGGAGCUCAGGGCGCCCCAUCCCCUCGUCCCCUUCCGCCUCAUGAAGGACCGCGGUGUCUGGGCCGCCCUCGGAAUAGCUCUCAUGCUCAACUUCGUCUGGUACAUGCAGGGAGACUACCUUUACAACAUGCUCAUUGUUGCCUUCGACUUCGACAUCAACAUGGCCACCCGCGUCAGCAGUCUCUACUCCUUCUGUAGUGUCAUCGUCGGUCCCAUCUUGGGUCUCGUUGUGUUCAAGAUCCGCCGCCUCAAAUACGUCAUCCUCACCGGUACCGCCCUCUUCAUGGUCGCCUUCGGUCUCCUCAUCCACUUCCGUAGCCACACCGAGGGCAGCAACGCCAAGGUCGGUGUCAUCGCCGCCGAGGUCAUCCUUGGAAUCGCCGGUGGCAUGUUCCCCUACCCCGCCCAGGCCUCGCUCCAGGUCCAGCUCAAGCACGAGAACCUGGCCGUCAUGACCGGUAUUUAUCUGGCCACCUACCAGAUCGGCUCCGCCCUGGGCAACGCCGUCUCCGGCGCCAUCUACACCCAGGUCCUCCCCGGCUACCUCUCCGAGCAGCUCACCAACCAGACUCUCGCAGUCGAGGUCUACGGCUACCCCGCCGGCAUCGCCCCCCUGUACGCCAUGGACACCCCUGAGCGCCAGGGCAUGGUCCACGCCUUCGGCCAGACCCAGCGUCUGCUCUGCAUCUGCGGUAUCGCCCUUUGCACGCUGCUCAUCGCCUUCGCCUUCGCCCUGAGGAAUCCCGUCCUCACUGACGCCCAGACUCUCGCCAAGGAUGACUCCGAGACCGAGACCGAGGCCGAUGUUCCCGUCGGCCAGACCAAGGCCUAA